GUUUGCUCUCUAAAGUUUUGUGGAUGUGAAUACUCCUCUUCACAGCAAUGAAGAAUAUUGUGUUUGCUUUGCUGGUUGUGGCUGUGGCUUGCAGCACAGAUGAUAAAAUCAUUGGAGGUUAUGAAUGUUCGCCAAACUCCCAGCCUUGGCAAAUCUACCUUACUUAUGAUAAUGGGCAACGCUGGUGUGGAGCAUCUCUGAUUAAUGAAAGAUGGGUUGUUUCUGCUGCUCACUGCUACGUUUCAGCUUCUCGUCUUACUGUCCACCUGGGAGAGCACAAUGUGUACGAUGAAGAAGGCACAGAACAGCGGAUAGGGGCAGAGAAAGUGAUUCCUCACCCAAAAUAUAACGAUUUUACAUAUGACAAUGAUUUCAUGCUGAUCAAGCUGAAAGAGCCUGCCGUCUUCAACCAGUAUGUGCAGCCAAUCCCUCUGGCAACCAGCUGCUCUUUUGCUGGGGAGCAGUGCUUGGUUUCUGGAUGGGGCAAUCAGAUCACCACUGGAGUUGACUAUGCUGACAAGCUGCAGUGUUUGGAUUUGCCUGUGCUGUCAAGGUCACAUUGUGAGAGUGCGUAUGGAUGGCAAAUCACUAAUAACAUGUUCUGUGCUGGAUUCAUGGAGGGAGGCAAAGACUCAUGUCAGGGUGAUUCUGGCGGCCCUGUAGUGUGUAAUGGGGAACUGCGAGGAGUUGUUUCUUGGGGCUAUGGCUGUGCUCAACAAGGCUAUCCUGGGGUUUAUGCUGAGGUGUGCCGCUACGCUGACUGGGUCCAGUCCACCAUAGCUAACAAUUAACUAGUUGUUCAGCCAAGUUGGACCUUUGUCUGUAAUUAAA